AUGUCUCGCACCGUCAAUGAGCCCCCUGUCGCUGCAUCUCGAGAAUCCCUCAGAGGCUCAGAGUAUCUUGAGGAAUCUCGAAGGCUUGGAUCUCACCCAGACCGUGGGUUUUUGGAUGGAAGCGGCAAUGGCCUGGAAAGUGUCACAGCACAGAAUGUCCCCGAGGUCAUUGAGAGUUGGAAAUAUCCCCCUGAGAAUGUGUUCAAAACCGGUGCUUCCUUUUGGAGUCUUUUGACGUCGGGCGCCAAUGACGCUGCAUACGGUUUGGAAAAAUACUACAACCUGAGCUACAUUGUGGUAUCCCUGGUUUUCCUCUCCCCCUUUGUGGGAUACAUCCUGGCUGCGGUUCUGAAUAACACGUUACACAGACGCAUAGGGCAGAGAGGAAUUGGCGUUACUUGCGGUCUCUGCCACAUAGCCGCUUACAUCAUUAUCGCACUUCACCCGCCGUACCCUGUCCUUGUUCUUGCAUAUUCUCUUGCUGGGUUUGGCAACGGCAUCAGCGAUGCGGCUUGGAAUGCCUGGGUCGGUAACCUUGACAAAGCCAAUGAGACUCUUGGCUUCCUCCACGCUUUCUAUGGCAUUGGUGGUGUCAUUAGUCCAUUGAUUGCUACAAACAUGAUUGCAAAGGCUGAUCUUCCUUGGUAUACGUUUUACUAUGUUAUGAUCGGCUUGGCCGUUAUUGAGCUCGUCACUUGUUCGUGGGCUUUCUGGUCCAACGGCCCGGAAGUCUAUCGUCAGACUAUGGAUGCAAGCAAUGAAGAUAACCAAGGCAUGAAAGAGGCACUCUUUAAGCUUCCGUUUGCUCGCGUGACUUGGCUUUGCGCCGCAUUUCUUCUUUGCUACGUCGGCGUCGAAGUUUCUGUCGGUGGCUGGAUUGUCCAAUUCAUGAUCCGUGUGCGAAAGGCCGAAAACUACCCAGCAGGUAUGACCUCGAUGGGAUUUUGGUUAGGUCUUGCAGUCGGCCGAGCCAUCCUCGGUUUCGUCACGCCUCGUCUUGGUGUCAAAGUUGCCGUGUCCCUUUAUCUGCCUGCUGCCAUGGCCAUGCAGUUGAUCUUCUGGCUGGUGCCGAGUUUUUAUGUCUCUGCUGUAACGGUAGCUCUACAAGGGUUCUUCUUGGGGCCCCUGUUCCCUGCUGUUGUGGUUGCUACUACUAAGAUGUUGCCCAAGCACUUGCAUGUUAGUACUAUUGGUUUUGCUGCAGCUUUUGGAGGUAGCGGAGCUGCUGUUCUGCCUUUUGCUGUGGGUGCUAUUGCUCAAGCCAAAGGCGUCAAGACACUUCAGCCCAUUAUACUUGCGUUUUUGACUGCGCUGCUGGGUUUGUGGUUAUGCUUGCCCAGGAUUGGCAAGAAGAAGGACUGA